AUGUCUGACCCAAUCGAUCGUGUGUUUGUCAAGGCAAUUACCACCAUCAGAGCUCUAUCUUCACGUUCCAACUAUGGCACGUUGCCCAGGCCGCCAGCAGAGAACCGUGUGAAGCUUUAUGGGCUUUAUAAGCAGGCCACAGAGGGUAAUGUGGUGGGAAUUAUGGCCAGACCGCAGGGCCAUACGCUUGAAGACGAGGGCGCCAAAAAGAAGUGGGACGCCUGGAAGAGAGAGGAAGGGCUUUCACGUACAGAGGCCAAGAGGCAGUAUAUUCUGUACCUUAUUGAAACGAUGAGAGUUUAUGCGAGCGGCACUUCGGAGGCCAGAGAGUUGCUAGGUGAAUUGGAGUACCUCUGGGACCAAAUCAAGGAUGUGGAGUUUUCCGACGAGGAGGACCCGGCUGCUGCCCGUCGUUUCCAGAGCCCGUUUGCUUCUCAGCCAGGGUACGAGCCGGUGAAUAGGUUUGUUUCGAAACUGCCGGAUUUGGAUCAGUCAGAAAGGCUCUCCACGGGAACCCCGUGGCCUAUUGGCAGCACAUACCUGGCGCUGGUAUCGAACCAGCAGUACCGUAAUAACUUGGAGCAGAUUUACUCCCAUCUGACACGAAACACACAGCUCCUGUUGAACGAGUACGUGCAGCAACAACGUAAUAAAGGUGCUCAAUCCGUAUACCUGAUGUCGGGCCGCCGAGGUCUCACCAAUGCAGGCUCAGUGGCUGGUACCAGUCGACCCGAUGGAGGCAAAGUGCCAGAAGCAACGCUUGAAGACUUCCGCAACUGGCAAGGCGAGAUCAACAGUAUUGUGAAUAAACUCUCAAAAGAGUUCAUAGGCCGCAAGAAUAGCGGCAGAAGUGCCUACUCUCUGUCGGAGCUGGAGCUGGCUCUGGAGCUGGAACUCGAUCCAAGGGAAAGACUCAAGAAGAGAGUAAAGCAUGUGCUUCGGAUCGUCGGUAUCCAGGCGUUGCAUUUCUUGAAGAACCUCUCUAUCAGCGUGGUGGCGCUUCUCUUCCUUGUGUGGUGUAUCAAGCGUAACGUGAAGGUUGAGCUGACGUUAGUGAAGCAGCAGCUUGACUCUACGCGUCGUAAGAAGGAGCUUGUGGUGAACAUGAUCGUCAACACUGACGAGAACAAAUGGUUUGUACGCAUGCUCUCGUUCAUCAACAGCUUUGUGGGCUUCGUCUAG